AUGGCGAGUCCGUGGAAACAAAUUUGUAGUAUAAAAGAAGAUUAUAGUGCAGUGGGCUUAUGCUUGGAGGCUAUGUUUCGGGGAUACCCGGGUGGCGAUAGCGAAAUAUGUUUCUGGAAAGAGAGGUGGCUGUUUGAAGUUCCCUUGUGUGAUAAAUUUCCUACAUUGUUUCAACUUGAGAGUAAUAGAAAGGCUUUUAUUAAGGAGAGGGUGGUUGUUGGUUCUGAAGGUCUGGAGCCGGCAUAUAUGUGGUCUAGAUUACCGAUAAGUGAAGAGGAAUUAUCUGAGUUGCACAGCCUCAAUGAAGCGUUAAAAAAUUACCAGCUUGGGCAAGGUUCAGACAGUUGGUGCUGGAUUAUGGACAAUUCAGGAAGUUUUUCCGUUAGCGGUGUCAAAGAAAAGCUCCAGCGGGCAAUCUUUCCAGAUCUGAAUCUGACAUUUGAGUGGAAUAAUUGGUCCCCUAAAAAGGUAAACUUUAUGAUUUGGAGAUUAAUCCAAGAUAAACUUCCGACAUAUGCGGCCUUAGCUAGACGUAAUGUAAUCGUCCAAGAUAAUUGUUGCAAAAUGUGCGGCGAAGAGGUUGAAUCAGCUUUACAUUUAUUUGCAUCUUGUAGUAUAGCGGAUCAGAUAUGGGAGUUUAUAUCUCGUUGGUGUAGAAUUCGACGGGUUUAUGCACUUGAGUUAAAGGACUUGACAAACAUCCACAAGUGUAACAGUGGAACACAAAGGUGGCAAAAGGUGGUGAGUUUGGUGACCCAAGCGGCCUUAUGGGUUAUUUGGCGGAGUCGGAAUGAGGCGGUUUUUGAAGGUAAGCAACCCCGUGUAAACAGAAUGAAGGAAGAAAUCAAGAUACUCGGUUAUAUGUGGCUGAAAAGUAGGGUUAAAAAUGGUAAUAUCUCAUGGGGAGACUGGUGUAAUUUUGAUCUACUUAGUUUUGGUGUAUAA